AUGUCAAUUGCAGUAGUUGAAGGCCCAAUACGUGAGCUUCUUUUGGAAAUACCGGACUCUGAAAAACACGGGCUUUACUAUUCAGUGGUAUCAUUAUUUGUUGUCUCCACAGUAGUAGCAACAAUUCUCACACUGUCUUUUUUAGUUUUAUCAAUACUUUUAUGGAGAAAUUUCAAAUCGAUGAGAUUCUUUUGGUUUUUGACACAAUUAACAACAUCAGCUUUUAUAAUUUCUGCUUCGAAUCUAUUCAUAAACAUUCCAGCUGCCCUAUCUUUAUUUUCAAAAGAAGUAACGCAAUCACAGCUAUUUUUUUUUCUUAUCUUAUUGAUUUUUGUCAUUAUUCUAUACUUUUUUCGAAUUUGGUGAUUUCCAUUCAACGUGCUUUUGUAUUUUUUCUACGUAACUGGACAAACCAAUUUUUUGAAUCUAAGGCAAUAUAUAUUUGGCUUGCAAGUAUUUACAUAUUUGCUUUUGGUGUGGAAUAUGCAUUAAUGUCUUCAAAUUGUCAAUAUGGAUAUGAUAAAACUUCUAAAAAUUAUCAAUUAGUCUGUGAAGCAGACAAUCGCGGAAUCAUGAAAACAGUAGCAACGCCAGCUGGAAUUCAGUUUGUGGAAACUUUGCUACAUAUCGUUAUUCCUUUGUUUAUACUUAUCAUAUAUAUUGCAAUAACCGCAAGAAUAAUAUAUAUGAAAGGAACAAAAAUUUGGAUUUCC